AUGGCGGAACCAUCAACCAGCAUCACCGACCUUGCGCCCAUAGUAACAGAGCAUCUACGAUAUUUUCAAAGUACCAUCAGCGGCCUCGAGAAGCGCGAUCCGAAAGUUGCCACAAUCCUCCGAGACCUGGAGGCCGCCGUCCGUGCCGCAAACGCCACGCAGCGCAUCUUGCGGGAGACCGGGCUCCCCCACGAUGAGCAACUGUGCACGCUCCACGCUAUCUGCGCCGAACUCGUUGACAAUGUCGGGCUCCAGCUCAGGCUCAUUCGAAAACGGGUGUUCUGCUGCGCCGUUGUCGUCGAAAAGUAUCCCCUGUACCUCGCCAAACUGCGGAAAGACCGCCCGCUGGACAAGAUGCGGGCUGAUCUCAGGGAGUGCGAAAACAAGAUCAUUGCUCGACUGACAGUAUUGCUGGCCGAGGCAAGGAACGAUGCCGCGACUUGGCGGCAACCGGCGGAAGUAAGCUCUGCUCGACGGCGUCUUCAGCAUCACGACUCGACCGAGUCCAUCCGCAGCUUGGAAACACAGAUCGAAGGGUUGGAAUCAAUCAUGUCGAAUGAAGCAAGUCCCGAUGGAAAUCUUUUGGAGGCCAAGUCUAUGGAUAAGACAAGGUCCAGGGUGACAUUGAGGUGGCCUCUUCUCUGGCCGUGGCUGCAGAAGGUCGCGGAACAGAAUGAAUCAGUGAACAUAGUGCAGGAUGAAAAGGAGCGAGACGAAGACAGCAGCGACUACUCUUUGCGGCCUUCGUCGGAGCCAUCUGUAGUGAGUACUGCCAAGGAAACUCUGCCCGCGGCUACACAUUGGACGUGA